CCACACUCCACACUCGCAAGUGCAGCCACGCCACAACACACCUGCAACCGCACCCCACGUCCGACCGCAAGUCGACUCUUCCAACCUCAACUCCGAUGGCGGUCAACACCCGCCGCGGCGGUGCCUCUGCGCCCGCUGCCGCCCACGCGCCCGCCCAGCCUCUGCACACGCAGCGCGCUACCCGACGCAAGGCAGCAGCAGCAACGGCCCCUACCGAGACGGUCGCGACAAAGCGCCGGCUCCGCUCCGCCAAAACCGGCAACUCGCCACUGCGCCAGCUUUCCACCCCGCAGAAGCGCCCGAAAAAGUCGACCAAGGCACGCUCUCCCGAGGCCGAGCCCCAGGCAGAGGCAGAGGCCGAGCACACCACCGACAGCGACGAUGAUGACCCGGGUGCGGGCAUCUACUUCCAGUACCACAAACUUCAGAAUCGUAAGCCGUCUGAGCUCUCCUAUUUGGAAUUGAGGUUGAGGAACGAACUCGCCGACGCCGCUGAGCGUUCAGCCUCUGCCCUGGUUGAGACCUCUGUCCCUUCUCAGAGCCUUGCCCGAGUUGCGAGCCCUAUCACUUCUCAGAGCCUUGCCCGAGUUGCAUCCCCUAUCCCUUCUCAGAGCCUUGCCCGGGUUGCAACCCCUACCCCAGUCAAGACCCUUGCCCAAGUUGAGCGCCCUGCUCUGACCCAGAGCGGCACACAGACCGAGGAAGAGGAGGACCCCAGGGAUGCAAAGAUAAUUGAGCUCCAGGGUCAGGUCAACUGGGUUGAGGGUACCAUGACGUUGCUCAACACCAUUAUGUUUGGUUCGUCCGGUCAGGAUGAGACUAAGAGUUUUUAUCCAGAUUCCCACCCCGCCAACUCCCCAGCAGUCACCGAGCCCUCUCACCACCCAUCGCCGAAAGGUACUGAGGAUGCCAAGGCUCUGCUUCGCUUCGUCGAAGCGAGUGCCCGCCCAGCUCCUCAGCUUGAGUGGACCUGGGGCGCCCGAGCUGACGAGCCAAUGCCGGACCCCGAGCCUGAGCCCGAGCUUGAGCCCCAAUCAGAGACGGCACCAGAGGAAGCUCAAGACGAACCGGCAGAUACGGAAGAGCCUGCGGUGAACGCCCCAACUACCCCAUCUCAGCCGACUCCAAGCAAAGAGGGUAUCAUUGGCCGUAUCUUCUCCACCCUCAGGGCUCCUUUCGCCUCGCGUUCGGCCACUCCAACACAGGCAUCCGCGCCGUCCUCCCCAGUCCCAGACGCGCUUACUAUGACCCUGACUCCGACCCCGACUCCAGUUGGCGAGUCCCCCAACAAGUCUGCCAACAAGUCCAAGAGGAAGCGAGGAUCAACGGACCACCGCCAAUCCAUGAUCAACGCUAUUGUCGAGAGCGUCAACGACACCGCUGAGCGUGAUAAUGCCAAGACCUGGGCGGAGAAUGUCCUCGCCAAGCUCCCUCUGGACUCUGCCAUCCUUGGUGAGAAGCGCAAGCGUUUGGAGGUUGGAGCAGUGACGGUCAACGACCUGAAGAUUCUCCCCGGCACCAAGCCAUGGAAGUCAGGUUACGGUUUCGACGAUGAUAUCAACAUGCUCGAUGAUGAGGACCCGGCUCCUGCCUGGGCGGUCCUAUAUGAUAUGCUGAUUGAGGAAGAGAGUGAGCGUCCGGCUAAGAAACAAAAGGCUGCUCAUGAAGUCACCACCGACGAAGUCCCAUCUCUCAACGAGAGCUUCGCCUCAACUGCUGGCGACUCAUCCCCUCCCAAGGUCGUGAAUACGCAUGGCAAGUCAUCCUCGCUGCUGGAUGUCCAACCUCGCCCUUCUUACGUUGCAUCCCCCAUGUUCGGUGGUCCAGUCAUCCACCGGGAAGGCGGCAAUGUCUUCGGCGAGCUUCAUGGACAAGAUACCGUUGAGCCUCAGCAGACACCUCCAAGCAAUGGUGUCCCUGCCAAGACUACCGUCUUUGGCUCAUUCUCUGUACCGGAUGAUUCUGACUCUGAUGAGGAAGAAGACACCAAUGGGCCACCCGCCUCUUUAUGGACCCAGCAGCCGCCGCCUGCACCUGUGCCGGCUCAUGCUUCCCUGCCGACCCCAUUUGGCGCUAGCCAAUCGAUCCCUCUGACUCAGGCUCCUUUCUUCGCCUCCACCUCCCAGCCUAUGGAUGAGGUUCAGCGCGCUCGUGCUAAGGCCUUGAAGCACACUCCCGCUAAGCCGAGUCGUCUCCGCGAGAUCCAUGUGCCUUCCCCGAGCCUCAAGUCCGAUGCUGGUGACGCGACCAUGCUUACAGCUUCCCCCAUCGCGAGCUUUGACCUUACCGAGCCGGCCUUCGACGAUAUGCCCGAUGCCGUCUCUCUUGGACUUUCUGCCGAUGUCGAAGCGGAUAUUCUUGCCCGACUCCCGGCUGAGGUCGGUGCCAUGGAGUGGGAUGAGCCUGUCCUUACCUUCUCAGAUGACGAGACCACAAGCGACUAAACUCUCGGCCCUACCCCUAACGCAUCGAUGUACGACGCCACGACUGUUUUCUCUCACGGACUUUCCCUUUUGUACACUACCCUGUCUCUAUUUUG